CGAAGAAGAGUGGUCCGAACCGAUCCGUGUUGAGUUAGAGUGGGAGUGGAUGGAGAUAGAUUGAGAGGAGAGAGAGACAUUGGAAAAUGGGGAUUAAGGCGUGAGACUAUACGAGAAGAGAGGAGAGACAGAGUGCAAAUUUCUUCCAAACAAAAUCCACGAUACCAUUUCUGAACCCACCAAUCACCAACCACCACUUCAAUCUUCUCUCCCAAAUCACCAGAAAUCGAUUUAUCUCUCUCAAUCAAUCGCUGGGAGGAUUGGGAUUACGAUUAUUAGGUGAAGAAGAGAGUAAUAUGCAACAAAGAAUCAAGCUGCAACAACAACAACAAGCACUCAUGCAGCAAGCUUUGCUUCAGCAACAGCAGAUGUACCAUCACCCCGGCAUGCUCGCCGCUGCCGCUAUGACUCAGAUGGAGCCUGUACCGAGUGGAAAUCUGCCUCCUGGGUUUGAUGCUUCUGCAUGCCGUAGUGUUUAUGUAGGAAAUAUUCAUGUAAAUGUCACUGAUAAACUUCUUGCGGAAGUCUUUCAGAGUGCUGGCCCUCUUGCUGGGUGCAAGCUCAUAAGAAAAGAAAAGUCCUCUUAUGGUUUUGUGGACUACCAUGAUCGAGCAUCCGCAGCGCUUGCAAUAAUGACAUUGCAUGGAAGACAACUAUAUGGUCAAGCACUCAAGGUGAAUUGGGCAUAUGCCAAUAGCAGUAGGGAGGAUACCUCAGGGCACUUCAAUGUAUUUGUUGGUGAUUUGAGUCCAGAGGUUACAGAUGCAACUUUAUUUGCAUGCUUCUCAGUCUAUACUACUUGUUCUGAUGCCAGGGUUAUGUGGGAUCACAAAACUGGCCGCUCAAAAGGAUAUGGUUUUGUUUCUUUCCGUGAUCAUCAGGAUGCCCAAAGUGCCAUCAAUGAUAUGACGGGUAAAUGGCUGGGAAAUAGGCAAAUAAGAUGCAAUUGGGCAACUAAAGGAGCUGGUGGCAGCUCAACUGAAGAGAAAAUCAAUGACAGCCAAAAUGCUGUUGUGCUAACAAAUGGAUCUUCAGAUGGAGGUCAAGAUAAUGGCAAUGAGGAUGCUCCUGAAAACAAUCCUUCGUACACAACAGUUUAUGUUGGCAACCUUCCCCAUGAUGUAACACAAGCUGAACUCCAUUGUCAAUUCCAUGCAUUGGGGGCUGGGGUACUUGAGGAGGUCCGAAUUCAGAGGGAUAAGGGUUUUGGAUUUGUCAGAUACAAUACUCAUGAGGAAGCAGCAUUGGCCAUUCAGCUGGCUAAUGGGAGACCAGUUCGUGGGAAGACUAUGAAGUGUUCAUGGGGUAGCAAACCAACUCCUCCUGGGACAGCGUCAAAUCCAUUACCUCCUCCUGCUGCACAACCAUAUCAAAUACUUCCUACUGCAGGGAUGAACCAAGGCUAUUCUUCGCCCGCUGAGUUGUUGGCUUAUCAGCGCCAGUUGGCCUUGAGUCAGGCCGCUGUAUCUGGCCUUUCAGGACAAGCUCUUCUCCAAAUGUCUGGACAGCAUGGCCUAGCUCCUGCAUCAAUGGGUAUAAACUCUGCAGCAUCUCAAGCCAUGUAUGACGGAUAUAAUGGUAAUUCAUCAAGACAGCAGCUUAUGUACUAUCGUUGAGGCGUUGGCUUCACCAGUUGCGUUGUUGCAGCCUUCGGGGGCAUUGAUGUGCAUCACAUUCCACUUUGCUUCCCUGCACAUGUCCUUUUUAAACUGGGCUUUUUUAUUGUGUUAUUGUGGCUUGAUUUUUACUUAAUUUAUACUUAUGUGUUGUAAUUUAUAUUGUUUGAUCUUAUGAGGGUUUAAUGAACUCUAAAAAAGGGAUCUAUGUUUUGCUAGGAAGAGCUGCGAGUUUUAUGUUUGGGUAGUUUUUAUCAUUGUUACUGUAUCUUUUUUAUUAUUGUUACUGUAUAUUUAUAAAGUAUUGACUCGAGUUCAUGUUAA